AGUAAUAUACGUGCAGAUUGUAUACACAUUGCGUCUAUUUGUAGUAGCAACACUAACUAGUGAGAUGUGAGUCAUUAUGAUUAUCAUAAAGACAAGUUAAUGCACCGUUUGACUUAUGAUAAAUAGAGCCAAAUCCUCAGAUUUUUUUAGCCAUUUGUACAAAAUGAAACCAUGGAUUCUAUUUUUAUGACCUUGACUAAGGUUUCUUCCUUUCUUGAUUGAUUAAAGAGAAUUAAGCAUCUAAGGUAGCCAUGGUCAUGAGUGAGACUCCACCACGUCUUGAGGGUAAAUAUGCUGCAAUAGUGAUUUGCUGGUUUCUUGGCAUUGGGGGUCUUUUCGCUUGGAACAGUAUGCUCACAAUAGUAGAUUACUAUAUUUACUUGUUCCCGAAAUACCAUCCUUCUAGGGUGCUUACCAUUGUAUAUCAGCCAUUUGUAUUUGCAACACAAGCAAUAUUGGCUUACAAUGAGGCCAAAAUCAGUACAAGGAUACGGAACCUGUUCGGAUACACUGUCGUUUUCUUUGGCAUUUUGGCGUUGUUAAUUUUGGAUUUAGCAACAUCUGGUAAAGGAGGGAUCGGAACUUUUAUUGGUAUAUGCAUAGUUAGUGGUGUAUUUGGAAUAGCCGAUGCCCAUGUACAAGGCGGAAUGGUGGGAGACCUGUCUUACAUGCUUCCGGAAUUCAUUCAGGUCAGCAUCACAAUUGUAAUUACUACUAUGAGGUUCAAAAGUUACUUUCAACAUAUACAUUUGAUAAUGAUUUUAUUGUUGCAGUCGUUCCUUGCUGGUUCUGCAGCGUCUGGUGCUCUAACAUCAGCUUUGAGAUUAAUUACAAAAGCCGUGUUUGAGAAUUCUCCUGGUGGUCUUCGCAAAGGAGCCAUUCUGUUCUUUGCCAUAUCAUCAUUUUUUGAGCUUCUGUGUGUCAUUCUCUACGCGUUUAUCUUUCCCAAAUUACCAAUCGUGAAGUACUACCGUUCGAAAGCAGCCUCCGAAGGAUCCAAAACUGUUACAGCUGAUCUUGCUGCAGCUGGCAUCAAGACCUCACCCGGCAUAGACAUGGAAGACUCAAAACAACAGGAUCGCAAAGGAAUAAAACAAUUGUUAUCGGAAAACAUUGAUUAUGCAGUUGACCUGUUCCUAAUAUAUGUGCUAACAUUGUCUAUUUUCCCUGGCUUCUUAUCGGAAGAUACUGGAUCACACAGUUUAGGCACCUGGUAUGCUCUUGUUUUAAUUGCCACGUUUAAUGUGUUUGAUCUUAUCGCAAGAUACAUUCCGCUCGUGAAAAUCUUGAAGAUGGAGUCUAGAAAAAUGAUCACCACGGCAGUAAUUUCUCGUUUUUUACUUAUACCAGCGUUUUAUUUCACUGCGAAGUAUGGUAAGCAGGGCUGGAUGAUAUUCUUGACAUCAUUCUUAGGGUUAUCCAAUGGUUACCUCACUAUCUGUGUUUUCACUUCUGCACCUAAAGGUUACAAGGGACCUGAACAAAAUGCUUUGGGAAAUAUGUUGAUGCUGUGUCUUCUUGGAGGUCUUUUUGUAGGGGUAACACUUGACUGGCUAUGGUUAAUAGGUAAAGGAUGGUGACAUCCUAUGAAGCACGGAUACAAACACGGACACAAGACGGACACUGACACACCGACACCGCUAAUAAUUUAAGAAAAUAACAUACUUCAGUGUAAUUACAAGUGUCAGUGUCAGACAAGCCACCUGUCGGACACCGGGACACACCUAUUCCGAAGAGUGUCCGUGCUUCACUCAAACAAGCUAAACUAGAAAAAUGGCAUAGACACAUUGUUCACAAAUAGAUGGAUAGAUGGUGGAAAUAUAUUUCUUUGUACUC